GCUCCGCCGUGGAUCCUUCAGUUACUCUGUACCUCCAUUUAUCAGAUCAUUUAAAGGCAAAUAGUACUAGGAUAGCUUCAUAGUAGUUGAAAAAAUGGUCGAUGAUUUUCUUGGUUGUUCCUCGUCCUCGUCUCCUCGUUUGCUGUAUCCGCACGAGUACGGCUUGCAGAUGAACGUGGUGCGGGAAUAUUUCGAGUCCAAACCGAGACCGCGUCUGGUCCAUGGCAAAAGUUCCACCACUACAGCUACUAAAAACAAACGUGGUUCAGCAACUCCUGCAUCAAAAGCUGCCACUCCAAAGUAUAGUCCAGCAGUAGCAAGAUCAAACUCAAAAGCGAAUACAUCGGCUUCCUCAAGUAGACCCGCUACAUCUGCAGCUUUCGCUCCAAGACCAGCUAGUAACAAUGUCGUUGAAGUGGGUACGUCACCGGCGCGCAGCUCACGGGAUAUCAUGCCCCCAUCGCCACAGCACUUGCAGAUGCUGUUGCAGCACAAGCUUAGCGAUAGCAUAACGCAGUGGCAUCUCUAUCAUGAGAUCAGGGUACUGCUGGAGAUAGUCUAAACUACUUACGGAGCGUCCAAAUAAUCUACCCAAAUUUAUGAGAAAUUUUCAAACGUUGUUCUACUAAAAUACUAAUUCUCAUCGUGCAAUUUGAAUAAUUGUUACACUACACAACAUCAACAUUGCCAUGCAUUCCCAUCACACCACACCCAGACCCGCGGCACCGCAGCCACAAACGCCAACCAGCUUCCAGCUUCUAGCAACAUCCCAGAGAUCGGGAUGCAGAAUCAAAUGCUCACCGUGAUGAAGCGAGCAUACUGGGACUCAUGCCGGGACAAGCUCAGAGCUGGUUGGAACGACGGCUCUGGUUUUGAGCAGGUGAUAAGUCGAGUAGAAGAGGCGAUAGGCGUCAUGGCUGGCUUCUUCGACCGAAGUCCGAAGAGGAAGAGAGCGUUUAUCGAAGGGGGUGUGGAUAUGGUGCUUUAUGGGAAAAAAAAAUUGAAAUAAAGAACCUCUGUUAUUUUUGAUUCUGACCAAUGCGAAGGAAGCAUCUUCUUGUACAUGCCCGCUUCUAAUUCCCACUCCGGCAAAUGGUUUCCAAUCGCGCGUACGACCUUGCUGCUUUCAACCAGACCCUGAAACAGCUCCAGUCGAUGCUUGCGCAACUCGAAAGUCCUCAUCAGGAAUCCUUGACGCGUGCUCAUUUCGACAAGGAAUUUUUUUCGAAAAUUGAUCCUCACAACUACAACAGCAUCUCCAACAGCAACGCGGAAGAUGAAGCAACGUACUUCUCAGGCCUCAUCGUCUCCGCAUUGGAACAUGUCUUUCACAAACUAGACCUGGUGAAGAGUGAAAGCGAGAACUUCUACUUGGCGAUGUUGCCACAGGGGGAGAGGAGCAAGCUGGAAAGACGUCAGUUGAAUACGAUGAUCGAAAGCUUUGGCGGAAGACAUCCUUGGAUGUUUGAUGCCUGUAUGGCGGAAGUUGUAAAGGAGAGGGGCAAAGGUACUACUACGGUUUUUUUGUGUAGUUUCUACGUUGGUUCACUUUUGGGCGUAAGGUUCUUGUGUACUUCUUCUCCUAACCACUACGCGGCCUCAAACUGAAACACCACAGACCCCCUCUCGCCCACUGCCGCAAACAUUGAAGCGUUCCGCAGUUGCACAGAACUGUAUGCCUUUGUCGCCAGAGCACUGUUCAAAGACACGCCGCUCUCCGAUGAAGAUGUGCCCAUACCCCUCAGGGUGAGCCUGCGAGAAGUCCACGCUUUGCAAAACGCGUUGCAACUAACGUGCUUGAUCGGAGUAGUGGCGCUGUUGGUGAGUCCGGUGCUGGGGACGCCCUGUAUUUUUUUACUUUUUCGAUUUCUUGGUAUGAUGAAUGAUCUGACUAAGUACAACAUGAGCAUGAUUUUUGCUGUGCGAUGUAAGACUCGGAAUUUUAUUGAGACCACUACUUUUCCAUCAUUCUUUCAGCGAAUUCGUUUUUCCGAUCCUAUCAAAUAAACGACCGUUUUAGGUGCGCUCUCCAACGACGAACUUCGCGAAUUUUUUGGGGACUGCAGGAAGUCCCUGAUGAGCGCCGAUCUCAACCGAGAUGGCUUUUUCGGAGACGUAGAGGCAGCAUUGCUACGCAUAUUUGCAAAGAAAGGUAGUCCUGAAAGUGAUGUCAUUGACAUCUCUUCAGUUGAUCCUGCACGCGCCGCCCAGAUCCGACAGAGUGUCACGCAAUUAGAGAACAUCACUAAGAAAGGAAGGAGCGCGCCGAUUUAUGACCUGCUGUUUACGAAAAUGCAGAAAUGCAUACUGCCUGAGCCUUCUGUUCUUGGAGAAGAAAUAUUACAACAAGGUACUUCAGACGAUAAUGAUGGAGGCAUCCAAAUCUUCGAUGAACCCAGUGUUGCGAUAAACCCCUUGACAGUAAACGCACCGACAGGAGUUGGAGGACAGACUGGGACUGUAGCAGGAGGUUCUUCGUCAAGUAGUGGCUCGAGAGGAGCGGCAAUGACUGCCCAACCAGGAUUGAUGGCAGCAAGCAAUGGGAAUAAUGGUACUUCUAGUGCAGUAACUUCGGCUGGCGCCACCUGCUCCACAUUCGCCUCGUCUACUUCUGCACCUAGUGCUACAUCUUCCCACCCUUCUGCUCCCGGGAAUGCCAGCACAAAUAACAAUACAUCAACCACAUCCGCUACCUCAAACACCACGAAACCCCACGCCUUCUUCCCUAACCUCCCAAGAGCACGACCGAACGCUCUAGGCGAAAGACCUUGGUACCUGUCCUAUGCAGCUGAACAUCUGGAGGCUGUAGAACGACAUCUGGCGGAAGUCAUAGGAAAAAGUUGGCUCUGUUAUGAAGACUACUAUCGACGCCCACCCAAGGUGGUGCUUAAGAAAUGAUACAGUAGGUUUGAUUUUGAACAUUGUGGUAGAGCCAUUAUCCUGGUUGAUUUGAGUUUGAUUUGCUUUGUACAGUUACAGAGAGACUGAUGCUUAUUUUGCAAAGACUUGAAACACGAUGUUCGGUGCGCAAACUAGAGCUUCUUGGAUGUGAGAAGACGAUGCCAUCGCUUCUCAGAAAUCAU